CAAAAGCAAAUCGAAAGCAAAGAAUCUGCCUUUUUCCCACCCAAUUUUCUUCCCUAAACAAACAGAAAACAAGCUCCACCAAGCAAUAAAAAAAUGGGGAAACCUGGGCCAACCAUGGCCAAUCGGCUUCCGCUGUACCAGGAAGCAGAAACCCUUCAAACAACACGACGACCCAAUUUCCAAAGAUACAAUAAUGAAUGAAUCGGAGCAGCACACGAAAGACCAUCACUCCAACGACGGUAACCCCAGAAGAUUGACUUCAACACCCUCCAGUUCAUCAUCAUCAACGACAAGCGUUCACGUCACGGCCUUGGACGGUCUCGUCAACGUUAACUCCCUCUUCACCAUCGCCGUUUUCGUCGGCCUUUCUUUAACCACCCCGGGUCAGCACAGCCUGGAGAAUCGAGCACCAUGCGACGCCGACAUUGAGGUCGCUAAAAAGCUCCUUGUCUUCGAGGUUGUCUCCUUCAGUUUCUUCCUUUUCUCGUCCCUGGUAGCUCAGGGUCUCAAACUUGCCAUCAACUUGUUGAACAGCAAAGAUGUGGAUGAAGCAUUCAGAGCCCACAUUAACCUCAGAGUUCUGAGGUUUGGGAUGAUGGGUUCGGCUUUCGGUUCGGUUGUGGGGUGCUUGUUUCUGAUGCUGUCGAUGGUGAACGUGAUACAGAACCGGUUGGGGAUGUUGUCGUGUGGGAGCAAAUCUUCGGUUCAUGCGGUGGCGACGCUCGUCAUUCUGGUUUCUUCGGCUCUCUUGGUUUAUAUUUCCACCGCUGUUUAUGUUUUCUGGCACUGAAAUCAUGGGGGGGGGGGGGGAAUGGUGGCCGCUAUAAGACCAAUCGUGAACAAAAACCGAGAACUCUCAGUUCUCAGUACACGUACUAUUUCCAUUACAGUUAAUUACUCUUCAUAAAAACUUCUACAAUGUACCUAUUUCAAUGGCAUAAAAAACGGUUCUUACAGUGUUGGAUGAUAAACAAGUUCACUAAAAAUGAUACUACAAGAUUUUCUAGGCAACAAUACCGUAUGCUGCUUUCCUGACCAUAAAUUUUCUCCCCAACCA